GUUGUUUCCCUUUCUAAUGAAAUUUGUCUCUGUUCAGUUGAGAUGGCCACGGAUCCGGCUGAGAGGUAUGUGCAUGGAAAUGCGAAGAAAACCAUGACUCGAUAUGUGUCUACUCUGAGAAAUGUGGUCCCCAUACGAAAAACGAAACGCGAUGUGAAGGGCGGUGCAAAGAUCGAUGAAUCAGGCCUUUUCUCAUUCGUCACGUAUAGCUGGGUAUUUGAGUACUUGUUUUCGGCGUUUAAGGGCAAAUUAGAUAAGGACCAAGUUUGGAACUGCAGUAUCUACGACGCCAGUAAUGUAAAUAUGGCGAGAAUGGAAGUAUUAUGGGAAGACGAACUGAAACGGAACCCUCAAUCACCUUCACUUUUUCGUGCAUUAUUUCGGUUCAUCAAGACACGUCUGUGGGCAGCUUGCGGCGUGUUUCUGUUCUGCUUGAUAUUCGGUUUCAUUGGGCCUACAUGCCUGAUACGAGGUCUUGUACAGUUUGCUGAACAACCUCCUCUUGCUGGCGAAUCUGUGAACUAUCGCACUGGCUUAUUUCUAGUAUUCGCCAUCUGUGUGGUAGAAAUAGCUCGUGUGUUAUCAUACGGCGCAACAUGGGCCGUAUCCUACCGUACUGGAAUUCGAGUUCGAGGUGCACUUCUUGGUCUUCUCUUCAAACGGCUGCUCAAUGCUCGGAGCCUUGGAAAGAAAACUGCGAUCGUUAACAUGUUCGCAAACGAUGGUCAGCGGCUUUUUGAUGCAGUUACAUUUGCUCCUCUCGUGAUUGUUGGACCUCUAUCUAUUUACUGGCUGUUGUCGGACGAUGGUCGCUCAGUCAUUGAGAGUUUUGCUCACUGCUGCUUUAAAUCGUUUUUUUCAAAGUAUGGUCUCGGCAAGACGAUGGUGCGUUGUCGUAACAACGCGAUCGAAAAAACGGAGAAGAGGAUCAGCCUUAUGGGCGAGAUUAUUCGGUGCAUUCGUGUCAUAAAGAUUAAUUGCAUGGAGGAAUACUUUUCGAAGAAAGUCGAACAAAUGCGUCACGCCGAGAAAAUUGACAUUCGAACUGCCGGGUAUGCACAGUCGUUAGCUAUUGCUUGCGGUCCCGUUGUACCAGUUGUGGCUGCAAUUCUUACUUUUCUCGGAGUAGUGCUUUCAGGAAAUGAUCUGCUCGCUAGUGACGCUUUUUCCGCAAUAACCGUGUUCUUCGUCAUGUUAUUCGGCAUUCGAAUGAUUCCUUAUGGCAGCCGAUACUUGGCGGAAGCAUUGGUAGCGAUGCGGCGGAUUCAGGAAAUCCUCUUGGUGAAUUCCGAAUCCAGCUCACCUCCAACUGAGUCGACCCCUGUGAAUACAGAACAAUCAGCAUUUGCUUUGGAUAAUAUUACGCUGAACAUUCGAAGGAAGGAAUUGACCGGUAUUUGUGGAGCAGUUGGCAGCGGCAAAAGUGCUCUACUCAAUAGUAUCAUUGGACAUGUAGAGAUUGCUGGAACUUUCGCCUAUGUUCCUCAAACCCCAUGGAUCCAGAAUGCUACCGUUCAAGAGAAUAUUUUAUUCGGUUCAACCAUGAAUUCUCAACGAUACUACAAAGCUGUUAGCAGCUGCCAACUCACGAAAGAUUUGGAAACACUGGCAGCGGGAGACCAAACUGAGAUAGGAGAGCGAGGUGCCACACUUUCUGGUGGACAGAAAGCUCGAGUUUCAUUGGCUCGAGCUAUUUUUGCUCAUAGAGAUAUCUAUCUUUUGGACGACGUUCUUGCUAGUAUCGAUAAGAAAGUGGGUUCCUUUUGUCUAGUACGGUUGUCUCAGUGCGAUCGAGUUGUUUUCGUAGAUAACGGAAGAAUAGUGGCUCAUGGAGAACACGAGGAAUUACUUGCGACAUGUACUCAGUACAAAGAAUAUUGCGAAAGUGCAUUUGUACACGGACGAGGUAAAGUCGUCGAUGAUGAAGAAGACCUAGGCUUAGCUGCAAUAAGUUAUAUUCGAGCCGCUGGCAGUUGGCUGGUGUGGUUUUUGUUGCUUGCCGCAUUUAUUCUUAACAUAUCCGCUUCAAUUUUCUCCACUUUUUGGUUGUCACGUUGGCUCAAGAAAGGUCACCAUGAAGAGCUAAUCGAAACUAAUGGUAGCGUCCGGUUGCACUCGGAGGGAAGUCUUGCUGAUAGCCCUGAUACGCCAUAUUACUCGACGGUGUAUGGCAUUUCACUUGUUGUACUUUUCCUCUCGGGGCUUGUGAAAGCCAUGAUUUUUGUGAAGGUUUCUCUCAAUGCUGCCAGUCGAUUGCACAAUGGUAUGUUUUCGUCGGUGAUCCGAGGGACUGUAGGAUUCUUUGACUCAACGCCAACCGGUCGUAUUCUCAAUCGGUUUUCGAAAGAUAUGGAUGAAAUCGAUGUCAAGUUACCCUUCACUGCCGAAGUAUUCUUGCAAAACAUGAUCACAUGCAUAGGAUUCCUUCUAGUCAUCGCUUGGGUAUUCCCAGCAUUUCUUGUAGCCUGCAUACCACUUUUGGCCAUUUUCCUGCUUUUUGUGAUGUGCUUCCGUGCUGGAAUCAGAAGCCUAAAACGCUCUGAGAACAUUUCACGAUCUCCUCUCUUCAACCACAUUACCACAACAAUUGAAGGUCUAGCCUGUAUUCAUUCGUACGGUCAAACGGUUCGAUUCCUCGAGAUACUCAAGCAUCGUUUGGAUGCGAACAGUGGCGCUGUCUUCAUGUUCCAAUCAGCAAUGAGGUGGCUGGCUGUGUGGCUGGAUCUUUUAGUGGUGAUGAUCACUUCUAUCGUGGCAUUUUUUAUAGUUGUACUCACCGGAACCAUUUCACCAGCCGAUGCAGGAAUGGCGCUUGCUUUUGCUGUUCAGAUGAGUGGUAUUUUCCAAUUCGCUGUACGUACGCAGACAGAGCUGGAAGCAAAAAUGACGUCAGUUGAAAGGGUGACAUAUUACUCUGAGAACAUUCAAUCAGAAGGCGACUGGGAAACAAGAAAAGGUGUGGACGUGCCAAAGGAGUGGCCUCAGAAUGGACAGAUUGAUUUCCAGAGUGUGAAGCUUCGCUAUCGGCCAAAGUUCCCCAUGGCUCUGAAUGACGUCACAUUCGAAAUCAAGCCCAAAGAAAAGAUUGGCGUUAUUGGAAGAACUGGCUCAGGAAAAUCUUCCAUAGGAAACGUUUUGUAUCGAUUAUACCCGUUGACAUGGGGUAGGAUUUUCAUUGACGGUGUCGAUAUUGCAACAAUUGGUCUGCACCGCCUUAGGAAAGCGAUGUCCGUCAUCCCUCAAGAUCCCGUGCUGUUCGCUGGAACCAUUCGAUCUAACCUUGAUCCAAAUAACGUUUUCACUGACUCUGAGAUAUGGAUAGCUCUAGAGAGGACCUAUCUCAAGCCGACAGUUAGUAAGCUCGAAGCUGAAGUUACUGCUGGUGGAGAGAAUUUCUCAGUUGGUGAACGUCAGCUAUUAUGCCUCGCUAGAGCUUUACUGACAAAAGCUAAAAUUGUCAUGCUAGAUGAAGCGACAGCGAGCCUCGAUAUGUCCACGGAUAAGCUCAUACAAAAGGCAAUCAAGGAAGUGUUCGUGGAUGCGACGGUUAUCCUUAUUGCUCAUCGUCUGGAAAAUGUUUAUGGAAUGGAUAGGGUUUUGAUGAUGGAUGGUGGAAAGGUAAAUGUUUUCAAGUGCUCAACCAAAACCCAAGUUAUUUUUGAAUAUGUUUUGUUAGGUGGUCGAAUUCGACCGUCCCGAAGUGUUGCUGAACAAGACGGCAUCGGACAGAACAGUGACGAUGAAGAGGACGACAGUGUGGAGAUCCUCGACCGGCCGGUCGUGAAUCAAUCGAGUGGUGACGACGACGAUCUAGAAAUGCUGAAUGUGCCGCCGAAAGCAUGA